UUUCCACAUCGUCAAAGUAUUGAAGAUUCUGUCUGUUUUUUAUUUGCUCGCAGAACAGAUAUGGAGCACAGAAUAAUAUAGCAUGUGCGGUAUAUUUUUCAGCAUAGUGCAAGAUGGCCGUGACGCGUUUCUAGCCAAACCCCAGCUCGAGAGGAUCUACGAUGCGCUGCGAUGUCGAGGCCCUGACUGCUCGAAUCAGGUCGUCGUCCAGCUUUCUGAACAAUGCAAGCUGACGUUUUUCUCUACCGUGCUCUCGAUGCGCGAUCCGCUGACCGUCCAACCUUUGCAGUCUGCUACAACGUCGAGUGUUUUGCAGUUCAAUGGCGAGAUCUACGAUGUUGCAGGCGAGCUGGAAGGACGAGGACGCGAUCUGCUGGUCGACGAGACUGAGCUUGACGAGGCGGGCUGCAGUACUGUGUGCAGCAGUAGGAACGAUACGUCGGUUGUGAUGCACUUAUUUGAAGAAUUUGGAGUCCUGAAAACUGUGCAGUGUCUGCGCGGCGAGUACGCGUUUGUGUAUUACGACGCUGUCGAACGCUGCGUUUGGUGGGCUCGAGACUGUAUCGGACGACGCAGUUUGCUUAUGAACCAGACUGUGCCGGGAGAGCUGGCGCUGUCUAGUGUUGCUCCGUUUGAUGCCGAGCUUUGCAAGGACUGGAUUGAGGUCCCUGGGGGAUCGGUUUACAAGAUCGAUUUGUCGGCUGUGGGAAUGCCGGUGACGAGUUUUCCUUGGAGGCACGCAAGCGAUGAUCUGACUGAUCAGCCGUGUCUGAUCUAUCCAUACCCAGAGAUAAAUCCAAGCGUUUCUGUCAGUGAUGACGAUAACUCCUCGUUUCUUUCACAAUUCGAAUCAUCUCUUCACGCAGCUGUCAAAAGACGCGUACUGGCAAUCAACCAAACCGCCCACUCCAACUACGCCGUUCUUUUCUCAGGCGGCAUAGACUGCACUGUGCUAACCCAGAUCCUAACCACGAUCCUGCACGACCAUCACACCACCAUCGAUCUUCUCAACGUCGCGUUUGAAAACCCGCGUACAGGCGGCGGCUACGCUACGCCAGACCGACUCCUCGGCCGCCGCAGUUUCGAAGAAUUGCUUGGUGCGCCGGGAUUUGCGAAUGCGCAGUGCGUGCUGCGCUUUGUGGAGAUUGACGUUCCGUUUGCGUUGGUGCAGGAGUACAAGUCGCAGGUCGCAGAGCUGAUGUAUCCAAAGACAAGUGUCAUGGAUUUCUCAAUCGCCCUGGCUUUCUUUUUCGCGGCUCGCGGUGUCGGACGCGUAGUCGCCUCAUCUGCCGCCACCGACGCUGACCUCGACCUCGCGAAGGAGUACUCUACACCUAGCAGGGUCUUAUUCUCCGGUCUGGGGGCGGAUGAGUUGUACGCGGGGUAUUCAAGACAUACGGCUGGUUUCCGUCGGCAGGGGUACCAGUCGCUGGCUGCUGAGCUGGCUCUUGACUUUGGGAGAUUGCAUGAGCGGAAUCUAGGGCGGGACGACCGCGUUGGUGCGUGUUGGGGAAAAGAGCUUCGUUACCCAUUCCUCGACGAAGAUUUCGUCAACUUCUCGCUCUCCUGUCCACUAAACUACAAAAUGCGCGCAUCAAACACCACAGCAGACGAUGGCAGUAUCACUACGUCCAUCACAGGCAAAUACCUAAUCCGCCAGUACGCGCGCAAAGUUGGUCUGCCGCAGGUUGCGGAGGAAAGCAAGCGAGCGAUUCAGUUUGGUGCGCGGUCGGCAAAGAUGGAGGUUGGAACUGGGAAAGUUAAAGGUACUGAUACCUUCAAAUAGAACGUUUUUGAGAUUUGUUCUUUCUUUUGGCCUUUUCUGUAUUUUUAUUGGGUUUGCAUUUUUUUUGGGUUGUUGUACUUGCUGUUUCUUUGUGAUUUUGUUACUUUUUGCAUGCCGCUGAGAUACUAGCUCAUC